AUGACUGCAAACAUCCCCGAAGUGCAGCUCCUCUGCAUGGAUGUAGACUUCAUCACAGCCUUCAACACCGCACUAAAAACAACCUGGCCAUCUCACAACGACACCAAAGUCAAGAUCAAAUCCAUAAACGAGCGCCUCAACUCCCUCCCAGUAGGCACAACCUUCGACCUGAUUGUCUCCCCAGCCAAUUCCUAUGCCCGCCUAGACGGCGCCUUCGACCACGCCAUCUCAGCAACCUUCAGCCCACGCACAGACUACCAUGCUCUGACGCGCGCUGCGCAAAAAGUUCUCUACGAGAGAUGGCGCGGCUUUGCACCCCCAGGCUCAUGUACGCUUGUUCCGUUCCCAGAACCGCUGAAUGUCAACGCAUACGGAUGCUCCUGGGUUGCGAUCUGUCCUACGAUGCGUGAGCCUGGCAAUGUUAGCUGGGACCGGGAGGUGGUCUAUGAGUGUGUUUGGAGCUUGCUGUGUCAGAUUGAAGGGUUUAAUCGGAAUUGUGGGGAGGGUGAUUGCAAGAUCGAGAGGAUUUUGAUGACUCCGUUGGCGGCUGGAGUAGGACGAGUUAGUGCGGAGCGUUGGGCGACGCAGACGGUGCUUGCUUUGAAGCAUUUUGUUGAUGCGCUUGAGAAGCCGGGGAGGUGGGGUGCGUUGCAGUGGGAUGCUAUUGAGAAAGAUUGUGCGGAGGUGGAGAAGACGUGGGGGCUGUAA